AUGGAUAUGCGAAUCGAGACAUCCGUCAUCAAAUACAAUUUUUUUUCUUCCUUUGUUUCCCUCAGGAGAUAUUUGGAAAGGAAACAAAUGGAGAAAGGCCCCAAUAAGCUACUUCUGACUUCCACCGAUAUUGUGUUCGUCCACCGGAAACAUAUGAAAGGGACCAAAGGUCCUUGCAGUAGCACCAUGUUUGAGAAACCUGACAUACUGAAGGCAUCUGAACCAAGUUACUCCAUGACGAGUUUGAACGAGUAUGUGGACUUUUCAGAGACAGCCAGAUACAACGGCGAUCUUGUGCAUGUUAAAGAGAUCCAGGUGAAGGGGUUCGAAAUGAAAGGAAAACUCAUGUCGUAUCUCCGAAUGCUACGAGAGCUCCGACACGAGAAUCUCAACCCCUUUGUUGGCUUUCUGAACGAGUCUACAAGACCUGCCGUUAUUACAGAGUUCUGUAACAGAGGCAGCCUCGAGGAUGUGAUACAAAACGAAGAUAUAAAACUCGACUGGGAUUUUAAGUUGUCCCUCCUGACAGAUCUGGUCCGGGGCCUGCGUUAUAUACAUGGCGGCCAUUUAAAACACCACGGGUUCUUGAAGUCCAGGAACUGCGUCAUUGACAGUCGGUGGGUGCUCAAGAUAACAGACUACGGCAUGCAGGGAAUACUCGCCACGUGCAAGCUAAGCAGGGACCUUGAGGCCAGAGAUUUGUUAUGGACUUCCCCGGAUUUACUAAGAGACCCCGUUCUUAUACAAAGGGGUAACGAGAAAGGCGACGUAUUCAGUUUUGCCAUAAUUAUGCAGGAGGUAAUCUUACGGAGCAGUCCUUACAGUACCACGGGACUCUCACAUGAAGAGAUAAUCCAGAAGGUCCGAAAGCCCCCACCUCUGAUCCGGCCGUCGGUAUCUCAGCAAGCGGCCCCGCCACAGUACAUACAACUGAUGAAGCAGUGCUGGGCGGAGAUGCCCGACAUGAGGCCAGACGUUGAACAUAUCUACCAGCAGUUUAAGGCAUUCAACCACGGCAAAAAAAUGAACAUCGUGGACACAAUGUUUAAGAUGUUGGAGAAAUACUCGAGUGACCUUGAGGAGAUAGUACAUAACAGGACAACCCAGCUGGAGGAAGAGAAGAAGAAAACGGAUCAGUUACUCUUUAGAAUGUUACCGGCAACCGUUGCCGAGAGCCUGAAGGUUGGCAGACAAGUAGAGGCAGAGACGUUUUCGGAAGUGACUAUCUACUUCAGCGAUAUUGUAGGUUUCACCACGAUCUCCGCCAUGAGCACCCCGCUGCAGGUGGUAGACCUUCUGAAUGACCUCUACACUAUGUUUGACGCCACAAUUGACAUGUACGACGUUUACAAGGUAGAGACGAUAGGAGACGCCUACAUGGUAGUUAGCGGACUUCCCACUCGAAACGGAAAUCGGCACGCGGGUGAAGUGGGAACCAUGGCACUCGAUCUUCUCAGCCAAUGCGGAACCUUCGUCAUACGUCACAUGCCGGAAGUGCCAUUGCGCCUGCGCAUUGGACUUCAUAGUGGUCCAUGUGUGGCUGGUGUAGUGGGGUUGACCAUGCCCCGGUAUUGUCUGUUUGGGGACACAGUCAACACGGCAUCCAGGAUGGAGUCUACAGGAGGGGCAUUUCGGGUCCACAUUAGUCAAACCACCAAAGAUAAACUUGAUGAACUGAAAGGCUAUAAGACAGAAUAUCGCGGAGAAGUGGAACUUAAGGGCAAAGGAAUGCACAAAACGUAUUGGCUUACGGGUAAAGAAGGAUUCGACAAGCCGCUCCCAGCACCUCCAGAAGCCGGCGAGGACAAUCAUGGUUUGGCGUCUGUUAUUCCCACGAACAAAGAAGGAGAAGCUAAUCCUAAAUCCAAAUCCAAAGCAAACCUGGCCGAUCUUGUUGGAGCCCUGAAUACCCUGCGAAAGGCCGCAAUGGGCCGAACGAAAAACAGUAAACCCGACGAGACAUCAUCGCCAACAACUAAUGUGGCUACCGAGAAAAACACAGGGGUUUCCUCUAGACCCUCCACAGAGGGUCAAGUAUCCUUGACCCCUAUAACGUUGGAAGAAAGAGACACGCCUCCUCCCCCGCCCGUUGAACUUUCACCUCUGAGAGAGUUGUGA